GUCAGAAGUCGCCGACCAGCUCUCAUCUCGGACCGCACAACAGCUGCAGGGGUUGUUGUGUACCCAUGAGGACAUGUCACAGAGGCGAUUGGCUUACAUGGGCCUCUUCUUAUUGCCUCUCCAUGGGAGGGACACUGAUUCAGUCUUGCUUGGAAAUCCCCGUCUCUGGCAUCGACCCUUGUAAUUCUGUGGAGAUGCUUGAGUGGAUAUCCACACUUGGACGUCUGGCUACUCAAAAGAGUCAGGAUUGCCAACGACCCACACCAGUGCACCUGUCCUUCCUUCGCUGUCUCCUGAACAUCCUCUCAAAGCGAACAGACGUGGUCAUGCCGGAUCGAUAUUUUUCCUGGCAUUAUGCACAGAAGAACACAGCACUAUGGCACGGUGAUGACGAAGGUUCGUGACCUUAUGGUGACGAAGCACGUGUUGCUAGUUGCUUUUAGCUCCACCUAGCGGCGUCACCGAUUGUUGGUGGCUUUCUUUCGGAGGGAAAGAAAGCAAUUUUGGUGCCCGCCGCGCUCUCCCUGUCUCCCACAUAUCCUCUGCGUCACUCUCCUCCAUCCUUCCAUACAAAGACGGCAACUACCGGAGGCCAUAGACGCGCCCAAGCAGGGAAAGCCGCUUCUCUUUUCACCGACACCCGCCGAAGCCUGUCCGG